AUGGAUCCACCUAACUUUCAACCAGGUUUAUUUGACAGACUUCUUGUUGCUCUGUUCCAUUUUGUAAAUCUAUUUAUCCCAUGGCACAAACUCCCUGGCAUCAUUGGUGCGAUCAAUCUUGAUGCUUUGCGUGUCGAGUUGCGUCAAUAUAAUCUUCAUGAUGGAUACGCAUCUGCUACAGCCCAAGGAAACACAGACAAUACGCCUCUCGACGACAAACGCUUCCUUGGUGCCAGAAACUCCGAUGGCAAGGACAAUUCGCUCACCAUGCCGAAGAUGGGCUGUUCUGGAAUGCGCUUUGGUCGUAACUUCCCUCGAAAGUAUUGCAAGAAGCCGACUGAGCAGGAGCUAUGGACGCCCAAUCCAAGACUGGUCAGCGAAGCUUUUAUGUCCAGGAAGCCAGGAGAGUUCAAACCGGCGACUACGUUGAACUUGCUUGCGGCUGCUUGGAUUCAAUUCCAGGUCCACGACUGGGUCUUUCAUGAAAACAGCGAUGAGACAUACGAUGUGCCCCUUCUCCCAAACGAUACCUGGCAUGGCCAGAUGAAGCUCUACCGCACCAAGCCUGAUGAAGUACUCGAUGCAUCUGACAUCAAGUGUCCUGGCUACAAGAAUACUUCAACCGCCUGGUGGGAUGGCUCCCAGAUCUAUGGCUCAAGCGAAGCUAAGACGAACGAGUUAAGAGACCAACACGAAGAUGGCAAAUUGCUCCUCGAGACCAGAGGCAAUGAAGAAACCUUCCUUCCUCGCGACACCGAAGGAAACCCCAAGACCGGUUUUUCUGAUAAUUGGUGGACUGGUAUGGAGUUGUUGCAUACUCUUUUUGCCUUAGAGCACAACGCCAUCUGCGACAAGAUCCGGGCAGCGCAUCCUGAUUGGACAGGUGAUAAGAUUUUUGACAAGGCUCGCCUCGUCAACUGCGCUCUUAUGGCCAAGAUCCACACGGUUGAGUGGACGCCUGCUAUCCUGGCACAUCCAGCAUUGGAGAUUGGUAUGAAUGCAAACUGGUGGGGUAUUGCAGGAGAGACCUUGAACAAGAUUGUUGGUCGAAUCUCGAAGACCAGCGAAGCCAUCAGUGGUAUUCCAGGCUCGACAGUCGACCAUCAAGGUGUUCCAUACUCCCUCACGGAGGAGUUUGUCUCGGUGUAUAGGAUGCACUCUCUCAUACCAGAUAAUAUCGCGUUCUUCAAUGUCAACGAUGGCAAGCAUAAAGCCACGAUCCCAACAGCCGAUAUCACUUUCAAGGAUGCUGUAAAGCCUCUGAAAUCCGGCGAAGUAUCUUUCGGCGACGCAUUCUACUCGUUCUGCAUCAACUAUCCUGGCGCCAUAACCAAUAACAACUAUGCCAAUCUGAUGAGAAACCUUCCGACUCCAGAUGGCCAGGUCCGUGAUUUGGCCACAGUCGACAUUCUCCGCGACCGUGAACGAGGCGUACCACGUUACUGCCAAUUCCGAAGACUUCUCCGCAUGUCCGUUCCCAAGACAUUCGAGGAGCUGACUGGUGGUGACAAAGAGCUCGCAGCAAGACUUAGCGAGGUCUACAAUGGCGACAUUGAGACUGUUGACGCACUCGUUGGCUCACACAGCGAGCCGGUGAUCAAAGGUUUUGGCUUCAGCGAGACUGCGUUCCGCAUCUUUAUCCUCAUGGCCAGCCGAAGACUCAAGAGUGAUCGGUUCAUAGCUGGUCAGUGGAACGCUGAUAUGUAUACCAAGGAGGGCUUCAAUUGGGUUCAAAACACUGGCAUGAAGGAUGUGCUGGCCAGACACUUCCCAGAACUGGCUGAAGUCAUACCGAAGAAGACUAAUGUCUUUGCGCCUUGGGUGAAGCUGCCUGAAUCAAAGGCUUACACUGGCAUCGAGACCAAUGCACCUAAGGUAUGA